CCGCCACGCGCAUGCGUCGUUCGCUAUUUUACGUCACAAGUCCUUUGCGCGCCGAAUAAAUCGUAAUUUUUUUUAAUACGUGAAGUGUCAAGUGUGGUGAAAAGUAAUUCUAGUGGAAUUGAGGUACCGAUCAGGAUUAAAAGAUGGGCUGCGCGAGGAUAUUUGCGGCACUUCGCCGCUGUAAGAAAUUAGAAGACGAUAGCACUACCCAGCUGUCAAGAUGCCUCGGUCUAAUCGACCUGACCGCACUGGGCGUGGGCAGCACCUUGGGAUUAGGUGUGUACGUACUGGCGGGAGCAGUGGCCAAGACUGUCGCAGGACCAGCUGUGACACUCAGCUUUUUAGUCGCAGCGAUAGCUUCUGCAUUUGCUGGUCUAUGCUACGCAGAGUUUGCUGCAAGAGUUCCCAAAGCUGGUUCCGCUUACGUCUACAGCUAUGUCAGUGUGGGUGAAUUCGUUGCUUUUACCAUCGGCUGGAAUCUUAUACUGGAAUACGUCAUUGGCACAGCAAGCGUGGCCAAAGGGAUGGCCAACUACGUCGACAGUCUGUGUAACAACACCUUGGCCAAUACUAUGACUUCCAUCGCUCCAAUCAAUAUCUCAUUCCUUGCUGAUUAUCCGGAUUUCUUUGCAUUCGCUUUGGUGCUUUUGAUUACUAUUCUUCUCGCGGUUGGAGUGAGUGAGUCUACAAAAAUAAAUAACGUCUUCACAGCUCUUAACAUGAUCACUGUAAUUGUCGUCGUCAUUGCCGGGGCGAUGAAAAGUGAUCCGGCAAAUUGGAGGAUCAACAUUGAAGAUAUUCCGGAAGACCAACGCGCUUCAGCCGGCGCGGGUGGGUUCAUGCCGUGGGGAGUUGCUGGUGUGAUGGCGGGCGCUGCUAAAUGUUUCUUCGGUUUCGUCGGCUUCGACUGUGUGGCUACCACGGGAGAGGAGGCCAAGAAUCCCAAGAGAGAUAUUCCGCUCUCCAUCGUGUUGUCUCUAGUCAUCAUAUUUGCGUCAUACUUUAGCAUUGCCACUGUUCUCACCAUGAUGUGGCCUUAUUACCUUCAGGACGCAGACGCACCGUUCCCGUACGUGUUCAUACAAGUGGGCAUGCCUGUAGUGCGGUGGUUGGUUACGGGAGGUGCUGUGUGCGCGCUCUGCACCAGUCUGCUCGGCGCCAUGUUCCCCUUGCCACGCGUCCUCUACGCCAUGGCCAGCGACGGUGUGCUCUUCAGACCCCUCGCUGUCAUCAAUGCCAAAACUAAGACCCCAAUGCUUGCUACUAUACUCAGCGGACUGUUAUCUGCAAUAAUGGCAGCAAUCUUCAACCUCAACCAGCUAAUUGAUAUGAUGUCAAUCGGCACCCUGCUAGCAUACACCAUUGUAGCGACCAGCGUACUAAUUCUCAGAUACGAGGAGCACGAAGAUUUGCAGCUUAAAAACGGCAAACCCGUGCCGGAUACCGCGUACACAGUGGUGCGGCAGAUCUUCAACCUGCUGGGUCUGAAGCACCCCACUGAACUGUCAGCUAACAUCGCCAAGUGGAGCAUUGGUAUACUAGGCGUGGCGGCGCUGGGCACUUGCGCGGUGAUGCGUUGGGAAGUGUCAAGCGCGGAGCUGCAAGUGGCGCUGUUCGCUGCGGGCGCGGGCGUACUGCUCGCAAUACUGCUCAUACUGUACAGACAGCCCAGGAAUGACGUCAAACAUCUCACCUUCACUGUGCCUCUAGUGCCGCUGGUGCCGUACCUAAGUGUGUGCAUGAACCUCUACCUGAUGAUGCAGCUCGACUACCAGACUUGGGUCCGGUUCAUCAUAUGGCUCGCCGUCGGUUAUCUAAUCUACUUUAUCUACGGCAUCAGAAACAGCUCAUUAAGAUUAGAAUCUAAGAAGUUGAAGAACGGCUUAGAAGAGAAACACGUGGUAACUAAAUUUUAAUUUCUACCAUAGACAAUGUGAGUUUCCACUGCAAAUAAUUAUUGAAA